GGGUAGUCAACGUCAACGCGAAUAAGUGGGAAUAAGUUCGUCUUGAAUGGUGAAAUUUGAUGAUUGAUGAAUUUUGAAUUCACUAAAAAAUGGAGUCUAGAAAAAAUAAGAAAGGUCGUAUUAAUAAGCCAUCAUCUCAACUGAAAAGUUUAAACUUCGAGAAAUUUUCCAAUGACAGCUAUCAUUUGUGUCCUAGAAUUUUGCGAAAAGAAAAAAAUGUUUCUAUUAUGACGGAGCCGGUGGUCACAAUAGCUUCAAAGUCAGUCCAGCUAAGAAAUGACACACAGUUGCGUGUUCCGAUUAAGCUUGGUGAUGGCCGUGGCGGUGCGCAAGUUACGGAAAACAUGCAGAAAUUUGUUAGUCUGUUCAAUACUGAUGGCAUGCUCAAUACAUUCGCAUCAAAUUACUUGAAAGAAACAAAUUCAGAUUUUUUUGUCAUAGGAGUUAUCGGAAUGCAAGGCGCCGGGAAAUCUAGUAUUUUAAAUUUACUAGCUACAUCUAUUUCAAAUAGGUUAGUCGAAUAUACUUCUUUUGAUGUCAAUGAGAAGAUAUUUCCCGUCAACAACGCAUUUUCGGCUAGAGAGUGUCCUGGAUUCGAGAAUGAAAUUAGAAUGCACAUAACUAGAGACAGAGUUAUUUUGUUGGACAGUGCACCAGUGCUUACUAAUAAUAUCAAAACAGAUUUUGUUGUAAGUGAGUUAAAGGACAUUCAACGAAUUAAUCUUUUAUUAAAUAUUUGUCAUAUCUUGAUAGUAUUGCAAGAUGAAUAUUACAACACCAACUUUGCUAGGUUAAUCAUGCACGCAAAAAUGAUACAACAAGGCUCACAGAAUCACUUAACGCCACGACUUUUAUUUUUAACAAAUAAGUGUAAUCGAAAUUCCCAAAAUCUAGGAUGUCAGUCGUCACACGACCUUAUCUGUACUGUUUAUGGUCAGGAAAAAGCUUUCAAAGAUAUUAAAAAUCAAAUUAAUGUUAUGCGUUUUCCAUAUGUUACUGCAAGAGAUCCCGGACUGUUAAGUAGUGUACUGGAGCUGCGGAAAUUGGUGUUUUCAAAGAUGAUGCCUGCCUGUUUCCAAAAUCAAGAUGGUUUGACGGAAAAGUCCUGGUUUCAUACCAUUGCAAAUAUUACUGAAAAACACCGCAGCAAUUAUUUUAUCAGGAAGUACGAAAAUUUAAAAGAAAAAUAUAAUCUGCACAAUCACGUAAACGUAGUGGAAAAUGCAGCAAAAGACAAAAGACGUCGCCUCAGUGAUACGUGAGGCUUAACUGUAAACGUGCAAUUUUUCGAGUUACACGAGUUUCUUGUCUCAUUUAUCAACGAGCUGAUAUAUGUAUUUAAAUGCGAAUCAAUGAGUAACCAACGCAUUUAAUAUGAGUUAACAUAAUAAAAGUAUAGUGAAGUAAACAUGAGAUGAGCGAA